AUGUUCCUAGAGCGCCUGCCUUCCUCUAUUCAAACUGUUCUGGCUACUGGGUCAGACGAUUGCGAUGUUGCGAAACUCGCUACCAUGGCUGAUAAGAUGACGGAGGUUGAACGUUCCUCCUCCGUGUCUAUGGCUCACGUAUCACAGCCUGUUGCUGUCCUCGGCUCGGAUUUAUCUGACCUCAAGGCACAGGUAGCUCAAAUGGUAGCGACUAUCGCCACUAUGCUGUACUCGCACCCGCACUACAGCCUAUCACCCGGCUGCCAACGGAAUGGUGGAACGCUUCCACCGGACCUUGAAAUCCUCCCUCCGCGCCGCAUUCGAUCCGGAGAACUGGACAGAUCAUCUUCCCCUGGUCCUGUUGGGCACACAUGUUAA